AUGCUUACUGAAUCGCAUGUUCAAAAAUUCAAGAGCGAGCUCAUUGAAAGCACCUUCAUAACCCCACAAGAUGCAGAAUACCCAGAAUUUAUCAAACGAUGGAAUGACGUUGGUGAAAGAUGUGCUGUAAGCGCCAUCUGCAACCCUUGUGUAAUCUACCCUAACCUUGGACCGUACCUCCACCUACAGGGCGGCAUUGUACUGGCAGGCUCCGCAAAAGAUGUAUCCACGGCAAUAAUACUAACUGUCGACUUCAACCUCGAUCUCGCUGUUCGCGGCGGCGGGCACUCGCACUUUGCGGCUUCGUCUACUGACGGCGGUAUUGUUAUUGACCUGCGCAAUAUGAAUAAAGUCACGGUCAACCAGGCCGCAAAGACCGUCACAGUUGAGGGUGGAGCUCUCUGGUCAGAUGUGGACGAGGCACUCGGCGCAAAAGGGCUUGCGGCCGUCGGGGGUACUGUGAAUCACACGGGUGUCGGCGGAUUGACGCUGGGUGGAGGGUAUGGUUGGCUCUCCGGGCAAUAUGGGUUAGCCCUGGACAAUCUGCUCAGAGCAAGAAUUGCUCUUGUGGAUGGCCGAAUCAUUACAGCUUCGGAUACGUCCCAUCCAGAUCUUUUUUGGGCGAUUCGUGGAGGUGGUGGCAAUUUUGGUGUUGCUGUGGAGUUUGUAUUCCAGGCAUAUGAAAAGCCGCGGGAAGUAUUUGCUGGAAUGCUUGUCUACACUCUAGACAAAGUGCCGGAGAUUGUCCAGUUUCUAAAUGAAUGGAGCAGCAAGCAACAACCUAAUGAAAGUGUUUUGCUUGCUGUUGUAUCUCCACCACCAAACGGGCAGGCAAAGCCAGCAAUCGCUGUCGUGCCCUUCUACGACGGCUCUGAAGAUGCAGCCCGCAAACGAUUUGACAAACUCCUAUCCAUUGAAUCCGUUGCCAAUGGGACAUCCAUGAUACCAUACGCAAAGGUCAACUCUCUACUUCUUGACGGGGCAAAGCACGGCGGUCGCAAGUUCCAGGCUGGGGCAGUCUGGGAGCCGCCCUUGUUCCUUGGACAGCUGGACCAAGUGAUUAAAGAAUAUACUGGGAUGCUGCAAGCCUAUCCCGAGACAGCAGGGUCGGCGGUGCUUUUCCAGUUUGAUCACCCUGCUAAGAUAGCUUCGAUUCCGAGCGAUGCAACGGCGUUUGCAAAUCGUGGGUAUCACCGUCUUGCUAUGGUUGAAGUGAAAUUUAAAAGCGCAGAUCUGGACACUGUAGCCUUGCAAUACGCAAAGAGAAUUAUGCAGACUGUCAGUGGUUGGGGCAGCGUCGCCUCAGAAGAUAAAACACAAGGAGCGAAGGUCUACUCUAACUACGCCACUGGCGAUGAAGAUGCAAGGGAAAUAUUUGGAAGCAAUCUCAAGCGCCUGAGAGAUAUAAAGAGAGUGUAUGACCCUGGAAACAUCUUCAACAAGUGGUUUCCAAUUCGUCUUUAG